CGAAACAGGCGAAACAGGCGAAACAGGCGAAACGCGAAACCAUAGUUUGAAAUCAUAGAGGGAAAAGAUAGAACGGCCAAGAUCGAUCGAGCAUUCAGGUCGCUAUCUCGCGGCGUUUACAAGCAUUACGAAUGCCGUGGUACGAAAUCGAAAAAUGGCCGUUCCAUCGGUGUUUGACGGGAUCUAGUAGUAGAGCAUUGAUGAACAUAUCCGAUGUGUUUGACAUUGGUGGUGAAAGAAAGUGAUCGCAAGGGUAAAGGGAGCAGUGGAAUAGGAGAAAGGAGGGACGAAGGAGAAUUAGGAAGGAUCGAAGAGCCGCGUUCGAGUGCCGGAGGAAGAGCCAGGAGGAAGGAUUAGCGGGGCGGGGCAUCCCGACGAUCAUUCGACGACGUUGCAGCCAAGGAAUGUAGGCGACGAAAGCACAGAUCAGAACAACAAUAUAACUAUGAUGAGCGAGGAUUUGCUGCAACCUGGCCAUGUGGUCAAAGAACGGUGGAAAGUCGUCAGGAGAAUAGGAGGCGGUGGAUUUGGUGAAAUUUACGAAGGACUAGACUUGAUGACCAGAGAGCAAGUCGCAUUGAAAGUUGAGUCGGCACGUCAGUCGAAGCAGGUUCUUAAGAUGGAAGUAGCGGUAUUGAAAAAACUUCAGGGCCGAGAACAUGUGUGCAGGUUUAUAGGUUGUGGCCGUAACGACAGAUUCAACUAUGUCGUAAUGCAGUUACAAGGAAAAAAUUUGGCAGAAUUACGGCGCGCUCAGCCACGAGGUGCUUUCUCAUUGUCCACCACUCUGCGUUUAGGACUCCAAAUUCUCAAAGCGAUCGAAAGCAUACAUCAAGUAGGCUUCCUUCACAGAGAUAUCAAACCUUCAAACUUUUCAAUGGGACGACUUCCGCAUACAUCCAAGUUGGUUUACAUGUUAGACUUUGGCCUGGCUCGGCAAUUUACAACGGGCACCGGUGAAGUUAGACCACCUCGUAGCGCGGCAGGAUUCAGAGGAACCGUCCGGUACGCAUCAGUGAAUGCGCACAAAAAUAAAGAGAUGGGCAGGCACGACGAUUUGUGGUCGUUGUUUUACAUGCUGGUAGAAUUUGUUAACGGACAACUUCCAUGGCGAAAAAUAAAGGAUAAAGAACAGGUGGGUCUCAUGAAAGAAAAGUACGAUCAUCGUUUGCUUUUAAAACAUCUUCCAGCGGAUCUCCGUGUCUUUUUGGAACAUAUUCAGAGUUUGGGAUACUCGGACAAACCGGAUUACGCAAUGCUGGCAGGUUUAUUCGAACGUUGCUUGAAACGUAGAGGAGUGAAAGCUACUGAUCCCUACGAUUGGGAGAGACCGUUUAUAACGAACGAAAGUUUACCAACCACCAGAUCUCUACCUAGUAACUAUCAGGUUGCCAUGCCUCCUGUACUGACCACAGCUACUACGAUCAAUCAAGCGCCAACCACGCCAAAUGUCGAUACGAAUAAUCAGGAGAACGUUGAGCCCGACAACAGAAAGGAAUUAGACGCACAAAUGGAUUAUGACAGUAUAUGUAGAAGAAACAAACAACGCGGAGUAGAAGGAUCCUCGGUGCCGUUUACAUCAGCAAUCAGCAAUCAUGGUCGAGAUAAAAAUUGCAACGCCACGAUACCUACGGUGGACAAUACUCAUCAACAAACUCAAGGGCAGCAAGCUCAAGACUCGCCUAAAAAGAGGCGUGCAGUCUCGAUGGCAGCAGAACCGCAAACAGGCGUGGUAGAUAACGAAGGAGACGCUUUAAUGGCAUCCGCUCGUUCUGCUUCAGAAGUUCCUCGCAAUAAAAUUGGAGCUAAUGCCGCAGCGCCAUUAAGGAAAUCUGCAAGUGGCGCAACAUUUGCUCGAUUACGAGUAACGUCUGGACCGGAAGCAACGGCUGGCGAACCUCCUAGUCCUCGUGUACAAACCGAAGUCGAUGCCUCUUACUGUUCCUACGACGUUACCAAUCCGAAAUACGUUGGCAAUCAGAGUCCCGUUACGGAACAAAGAGAACCACUGAAAAGAGAACCGCGAAGAAGGACGGAUGGACGCCAACAGGCAAGAACUAAUCGCGCUGCGAUAAGAGACUGUUCCAUUACUCAAUUCGCGCAGAUAGAUGACGACAAUGUAUCGGCAUUGCAGCAAGUAACUAAAGGUGGUGGUGGUUUGACUCUCGCUUCCCAGUGGAAAUCACAAUUUGACGAUUCCGAAGAGACUGACAACGAAUGGAAAGGAGAGAAUUUACAAAGCCCCGAGCAUAAGGGCACCAACAUGCCAGUUAUGGUUGCACAGUCAACAGUUGGUAGUGACGCUGUGACCGUCGCAACUUCAGUGCCUGCAUCUAUUGAUGCGAAAACGACAGUGGCUCAAUCGACCAUUCAUUCGAUCGCACCUCAACAUUCAAUAAUACCAACUGCCCUCUCGCGAAUAAGUGAGGAUUCCACCAAGCCCGUGGCGCCUCACAGGUGUUUAAACAUUGCUGGCAUCGAGAAAUAUCCAGAUCUUCAAGGCGCUCUUCCGCGAGCUUGGAGCGUUCCUGCGUUAGCGUCGCACGUUCGCGCGUACCUCGAAGCACCAUUGGUUCAGCAAGCUGCAUUCGAUGAUUUGUUGUACGAGGUUGACGUCAUGAGAAAUGUAGCAACGCGUCACGACGAACCGAGGCAAAGCCCUCCGCCACGAAGGGCUAGUGUACCAGCAGUCGCUUUCUCACCACCCAACACAAUACCCAGCACACCCGGCGGUGAAGAAGAAGAAGAAGCAGUGGCAGGAAGACUAGAGAUUAGAGUAGUUGAUGCAACAGGUGGUGCUACAGUUGUACAAACCACCGCGGACAGAGAACCAUUGCAAAGAAAAAUGACAAACGGUACAGUAGAUAGUCCGGCUAGUCCCAAUCCGGAAAGGGAAGAACCGUCAAUAUACGAUGAUGCGGUUGAAAAUCGAGCGCCUGGCGAUGAUGCCGUGCAUAAGGAAAACAGCCCUAUCACUGCCUCGACUACUAUACCGAACGUGCUACCACUUCGUGAAUAUAAGGAGGACAAAGAAAAGGAGGCAUCCAACAGGACUUACAACACCGUCAGUAAAAUUCCAAUUCCGGUUAAAAGCCCGAGAUGUUCAUUAUCGGAGUCGACGCCAGAUACGCAAAAUACGCAAAAUAUCAGAAGUGGCGUGGGAAACGAAGUAGAAAAGUCGUCUACACCUGCGGCUAUAACCCGGGAAAAAGAUGCUACUGUCAAAGGCAAACGCUUGACAGUGGAGGUAUUGAGACGCUGCUUGGCAUUACCCGAUGAACCAUCGAUCUUUUCAUCUUUAACAUCGGCUAAUUCGACAGAAGAUGAAAAUCUAACUGGAUGUACUCCUGCGUUACGUCGCCGAAGGCAAAGCGAAAAAUACGUGACCGACGCAAGCCAAUUGAACCUGCGAUUUCAAAGACCGCAGCGCAGGAUCAGGUCCCAUUCUGAAGUAUUAUCCAAAUUUUCUCCUAGAGGAGUGCCCUCGCAUCUUUUAGGAGAGACAGCUAAACGUACCGACGAGAGCAGCGACAAUGACUCUGACAACAGUGGUCCACCAAAUGCUCAACCUCCGCCACCACCUACAUCUCUGCCUCCUCACGUUGCAGAAAAUAAUGCUAGAUGCCGUAGAUUUCGACCUAUAUCAGACGGGACAAUAAUCAGCAAAGAAUGGUGAGAUAUACUAUCUACGAAGGCGUAUUCAGGUAUCUGUUUGUAUCAACGAUCGAUAGAAGCUUUGCGAUCUGCUCGUUCAAAUCUGUGGAAUCUUUCUUUCUUUCUGUGCGAGAGAAGGGAAGAAUAUUGAUUGUACGACGAUUUGAUCCAAGGUGUUGCGUAAGGGUUAUUAACUUUUCCAUAGGGAAAAGGAAAGGAAAGAGAGGGAAAGGUGGGAAAGAUCGUAUCGCGCGAGAAACCAUUGCUUUCUUAGGUAAAACAAUUUUGGUAAAGACGUUAAAUGCUAAGGAAAACUGAAUAUAUCUUGAAGAAGGAACGCGAUGGAAUGUUUCAAGUUCCGUCAAAUAAGUUAAUAAUUUUUCUAGAUUAUUCGCAAGUGUGUAUUUCAUUCAGCUGUAAGGCUCUGUUACAAAAAUUAUACGCAUUGGUGGUGCUUCAAAGAAUAUACUUCCUAGUCUACAAACGUACGAGACGAUACGAUAAAGCUCACUAAAUAUUUAUCGGAUAGAUGCACGUUAGAUGCAAUUAAUUAGAGAUCGCGGAACGACUUAUUGUUUCAAAAAGAAGUUUCUCUCGUUGCCGUCGCUCUCCCUAUCCUCUACAUUCACCACUGUUUCUUCUCUAUUCUUAUUUCUCCUCCUUGUCCCUCAUUCUUCUCUUAACCGUCUUCCCACUUUUCUCACCUUUUGUUGUCUUACGUACAGUCAUUUCUACAGACACUUCUUCUUAUUUCCUAAUUUCCUGCUGUCCCAAAUUUUCAUUAUCUGCACUUCGCAAGAAACUACAUUGCAAAAUUUUGGUUUCUCUUCAAUCUAAGAAGAGACUGUUUUAAGUACGCUCUUAUCGAUUAUGCAUCCAGUGUAAAGAGAAAUUUAUGUAUAAAGCCAAUAACAUAUGUAACUUUUACCAAUUGAGCAAACAUUUCCAUGAUAUUUUUCGUACAAAAGAAACGUACGUAGACGAUUGAAAUCAAUAUUACAUGGUACAUGUUUUAAACAGUAGUUUCGUAGAUUCAAAUUUUCAUGAGUUAUCAAGGUGACGGUAUUUACUCUUUGAAAAACCACCACAUUAAAAUCAACAAGAGAUAGCAAGAGAGAAUCGUAAAACAUUAAAGUAACAAUUAUAUUCUCGAGCAAUUGUAUAUCUUGUCCGAAUUACCGUUUCAUGGAUGUGUAACGUAUUAGCGAACCGCUUGUAUCAAGAAUAGAAGAAAGAUAGAAGAGAUCGCGAUUUAUGCCACUUGUCAAUAUAAGCAAACCUUCUUCGAUUGGUUGAUAAAUUUUUCAUCAUCAAGAUUUAAGCGACGAAACAACGUGUACGAAUGAACAAGUAUUCGAAGAGAAUGUUACAGCUAGAUUACAUAUAAUCACGCGUAUUUGUCUUGCACUUCUCGAUAACGCGAUUUUUCCAAACAGUUGCAAAUCCGCGAUCGAAACCAACAUAGUGAUGCAUAAAACUAGUCAAGUAGAAUCCUUUAGUAUUCUAUUCUAAUGAAACCAAAUUUGCGUAUAGAAUUAUAUAUAUAUAUAUAUAUAUAUAUAUAUAUAUAUUAUACUUGUACAAAAUAGUUUAGGGUUAUUUUGUGCAAUGAUCGAAAUAACGUUAACGAUAGCUUUAAGUUAACAUUGCGGGAAUGAAUCUUGCGAUAUAAAAACAAAAGUGUGCAGUAUGCGCGAGCAAAAACUACGGAACUAUCGUAGACUGUAGACGAAACGAGCAACGGGGUGAUACAUACAUAAGUCUGUACGAGUGCUUAUUAAUCUGUGUACGUAUACACGCGAUUACGUAUACAUACAUGUAUACGUACACGCCUGUGUAUAUGUUACGCCACAUCUGUCCGUGCACUCGUGUUUCCAAACUUAAAAUUAAAAUAAAACUCAUCCGAAAAUUUUUUGUGCGAACGUACGUAACUUUACAACGGAAAAAAACGCCAGCGAUGAAUAUACUGUGUGUAAAUUGAUAAUGAAUCUGUAACCGAAGAUCAAGUGUACGUUUGAAUGUAAACAAACACGCAUAAUACAGCUCAUUGGAUGUAUCUCUAA